AUGGACGAUUUGAAAGCAGCGAAGGAUAUCGUUGAAAGGUUUGGGAAAAGGAUGAAGUGUAAUUGGGGAAAAGGUAUUCGGAAUGAAAGUGAGAAUAAGAAUGAAAACAAGAAUGAAAAUGGAGAAAUUUACCCGUUAAUGAAGUGUUUGAAUGAUUGCAUAGAAAAUAUGAAAAAUGUUGAAAGUCAAUUGAAUGGAAAUUUAAUGUUUAGUGAAAAGCUAAAAAGACAAAUCGAUAAACAAGAUAUGAUAAUGAAAAACUUAUUUGUGUAUUUGAGUGAAAUGGAAAAUAUGAAUAGAAGUGGAAAAUAUUUUAAAGGCAAUUGCAAUCAGAAAAUUAUUAAUGCGAGUAAUAAUAUGAGGAAUAAUAAUAGAAAUAAGAAGAAUGAGGAUAAUAAUUAUUAUUCUGGUUCAACGCUUCAAUCUCCAUUUAAUGGGAAAAGUAACUUUUUUUGCUCUUCGUCACCAAUUCCCGAAGGUAAAGAAAAUUUAGGAGAUACAAUAGAAACAAACAUCGGUGAAUGUAAUUAUAAUUAUAAUUAUAAUUACAAUUCUAAUUCUAAUUAUGAAUAUUUUGAUAACGGUUGCAAUGGGCUGAAGAGCAGCAACUAUACUGAGGAUUACACUGAAAUUUAUACUGAAAACCAUAAUGGAAAUGAUAUUGGUAGUAAGAAUUCAAAAAGGAAUACAUGUCAACAUAAGCAAAAACAACAGGCAGAGUCAGCUAAGAGAAACUACUAUGAGAAAACCAGAUUUCUUACCAAUUUGCUUUAUGAGUUGCCAUUUAUUUACUUCAAUUUUAUGUUCAUGUUACCAGUAAAGGUGCUUCCAUAUAUCGGAAUCAAGAUCUACUGCAACGUCAACUCCACCGAGGAAGCACUUAAGAAGAGCAUAACAUACAAAAUGGGAUUUAAAAUGUACCAACACAUAAAGGGUGCAAAACAGGAAUCUGCUCGAAACUCCAACAACAACACAUCCUUUUAUUCUGCUACUGCUAUUGCGUCUUAA